AUGCUUAGACAGUUUGGUGCAAGGCUGCACUCGAGGGCGAGGGCGGCCUCAACCGUCUCGAAUCUAGUCAGGAAGACGGCGACCAACUCGUCUACCCUGACUCACAGGAGGAGUAUCGGGUCUACAGUGGUUGUUGAUGGGAUUCCCAAGGAACCAACGGAACUGGACCGGAUCACGACGCUACCAAACGGGCUACGCGUAGCCUCCGAGGCCCUCCCGGGCUCCUUCUCGGGGGUGGGGGUGUACAUCGAGGCCGGGUCUCGGUUCGAGGACGCCUCCCUCCGGGGCGUGUCGCACAUCAUGGACCGGCUGGCCUUCAAGUCGACGUCGACGCGGACCGCGGACGAGAUGUUGGAGACGGUGGAGGCGCUCGGGGGCAACAUCCAGUGCGCGUCGUCGCGCGAGUCGAUGAUGUACCAGGCCGCGACGUUCAACGGGUCGGUGCCGACGACGGCGGCGCUGCUGGCCGAGACGAUACGGGACCCGCUCAACACGGACGAAGAGGUGGCGGCGCAGCUGGAGACGGCGCGCUACGAGAUCGCCGAGAUCUGGGCCAAGCCCGAGCUCAUCCUGCCCGAGCUGGUGCACACGGCCGCCUUCCGGGACAACACGCUGGGCAACCCGCUGCUGUGCCCGGAGGAGCGCCUGGGCGAGAUCGACAGGGCCACCGUGUCGAGGUACCGCGAUGCCUUCUACAGCCCCGAGCGCAUCGUCAUGGCCUUUGCCGGCGUGGAGCACGACCGGGCCGUCAGGCUGGCAGAGCAGUACUUUGGCGACAUGAGCCGCAGUCCCUCCUCGUCCUCGUUGGAGCUGCUGAGGAGCCGGCAAGCCUCGCACUACACGGGCGGGUUCCUGGCGCUGCCGCCGCAGCCCCCGUCCCUCAACAACGUCAACUUCACGCACAUCCACCUCGCCUUCGAGGGCCUGCCGGUGACGUCGGACGACAUCUACGCGCUCGCGACGCUGCAGACGCUCCUCGGCGGCGGCGGAUCCUUCUCGGCCGGCGGGCCGGGCAAGGGCAUGUACUCACGGCUGUACACCAACGUGCUCAACCAGCACGGCUUCGUGGAGUCGUGCGUGGCCUUUAACCACUCGUACACGGACUCCGGGCUCUUCGGCAUCUCGGCCUCCUGCCUACCCGGCCACACCUCGGCCAUGCUGGACAUCAUGUGCCAGCAGCUGCACGCGCUGACGCUGGACACGGGCCUGGCCCGCCUGCAGCCCCAGGAGGUCGAGCGGGCCAAGAACCAGCUCCGGUCGAGCCUGCUGAUGAACCUCGAGAGCCGCAUGGUCGAGCUCGAGGACCUGGGCCGCUCCGUCCAGGUCCACGGCCGCAAGGUGCCGGUCCGCGAAAUGUGCCGCCGCAUAGAGCAGCUCUCCGUCGACGACCUGCGCCGCGUGGCCCGCGACGUCGUCGGCGGCGCCGUCGCCAACCCAGGUCGCGGCAGCGGCGCCCCCACCGUCGUCCUCCAGGAGGCGCAGGCCUACGGUCUGACCAGCCAUACCAUGAGCUGGGAUAAGAUUCAGGACCGCAUCGACAAGUGGAUGCUCGGGAGGAGAUGA